AUGGCGGCGGAGACAGAGUCCAGUGCCAGUGGCUCUGUGGUUCGUCGGCAGCGAGUUGGUCGGGAUGGUAGUGGUGGGGAUGGUGCUGCUGCUGCUCAUGAGGUUGGCACGGGAGCUGAGAAUGGAGGUGUCAAUGGACUGGCAAACGGUGGCACCGCAAACGGUCACAAUGCCUCGGCAAGCAGCGAAGGACUGGUUCGAGUGAGCCUGGUUCGCGAGGACAACACCGCUUCCUUUGGCUUUGACCUUGGGCGCACGAGUUCGGGCCGCCAUGUCAUUUUGGCCACGGCUGCCAAUAGCCCGGCUGAGGGCAAGCUCAAUGCUGGUGAUGAAAUCAUCUCCGUUAAUCGAAUCGCAACCGAUCAUCUCAGUCACCAUACAGUGGUCCGCCUUGUUGCCAAGCGACUCAAGGCUGACCUGCAUGUGCGCCGAGGCGUGCCGCCUUCUGCUCAUGAGCUCAAGUCCAUCCAGCAGCGUACUGAACGUGUUGGCUGUAGUACCGUGAGUCAGGUGGAUGAGCUUCGCCGCCGCUCCACCAUGCGCCUGGAUCGGCUUGCCCAGGAAGCACGCCAGCUCUCGCAGCCCAGACUCGGCAAUCUGCCUGAACAGACUCCAUCGACCCUGCCGGGUGCGGUUCCUUCAAAAGAAACGGAGGCGCGCUCUUCAUCAAUCGUCUCUAAUUACAAUGCGAAUGAUGAAAUUCGCGUACCGAGCCGUGAGCGCGCGUCGUCCCGCACUGCCGCACCCGCGCCUCGCCUCUCCAUCACGGUGCGUAACAACAUGACCACCAUGACCGCAGUUACCCUGCGUCCGGCUCUCGAUGAAUCUGCGCCAUCACCCAUUCAGACUUCUCGGCACUCGCGCACGCCCAACCACACGAGCUCAGACGUGUACACCUCGACCCCCGCCAUGGCUGCUCGAUCAUCCGUGCACAAUCCCCCACGUAUUACCAAGACUGAGGGUGGUUUUCGACAAGUGACCUGCCGCCGCCUAGAUGGCCAGCGUCUUGGGCUGACUGUGACUGGUGGCGCCGACACGUUGCUUGGUGGCAUCUUCAUCAAGGCCGUCCUACCUCAGGGUGCCGGCGCCGGUCUCCUCCAGGCAGGUGAUCGCCUCAUCAGCGUCAAUGGUAUUGGCCUUCUCCACAGCACCUACGAGCACGCCAUUGCAACUCUGCAGAGUGCGGGUACCGUUGUGGACUUGGUGGUGCAAGCCCUCGAGCCUGAGGCCUGGGAAGCACUGCGUGCUCAAAUUCGUAAUCAAGCGCGCCUCUCCGGCAACAAAAGCAUUGCAUUGGCCAACGGAUCCGUUUUGCUGCCCCUCGACAUCCCACUUUAUGCAGAGCCCGAUGCUAUUUUUCACACUGAAGGCGAUCUGUUGGCUCUCACCGUUGAUGAAAAUCAACGCUGCCGCCUUGUGGGUGGGGCCGACACGCGACUUGGAGCCCUGGUUGUGAGCUCCGAGGAACCGGCCCGGGGAUUUUCUUGCACGGCGCGCCUGGGUGACCGUAUCUUAGAGGUGGACGGUCAAAGCGUUCUCCUCAUGGACCAGGAUGAGCUCAAACACCUUUUGCUCGAGACCCCGACCCCGAUCAAGGUUGUUGUGCAGCGCUUGGGCCAAACACAGUGGCAGCAGUUAUGCUCGGCCGUGGACUUUGAUGUCAACGUGCACGGAGCAAAGAACUUGCUCUUGCCGCUGGAACCGUCUCUUGUGCCUGUGCCUCAGUCCACCACGCCGUCCCUCUAUGAACGAUCUGGGACCAGCGCACAAUUGGCACCCAUUCGCGAAGCUGCGAUCGAGACCACCCGUAUCAACGAUGAUGACGAGAACGACGUGCGCGAAAUCGUGCUACUUCGUGACCCCGUCUCCAACGAGUUUGGCAUCUCUCUCCUGUCCGCCGUGGAGCCGUCCCGCUCAUCAGUCGAAGUGGAGGGGGCAUACAUCGUGCGCCUCGAGAGCAACCUGGCCAUCCAGGCCGGCUUGCGCGUGGGCGACCACGUUUUGGCCAUUGACGGCAUUGAUCUCGAAAGUGCCGACGCUCGCGAGGUCAUCCGAGUGGCCCAACGGUGCCAAGACCGUGCACACCUUUUGGUGCGCGCGGCCCCCGCCGAACUGAAACUGAUCAUUGCUGAGCACGACACCGCAUCCCGAUUGCGCCGCAUCACGCUUGCCCAAGUGGAUCGCCUUGGGCUGGGUCUGGACUUUAUGGUGAAUGGGGAGCAAGCUCAGGAAAUCUUUAUUUCGAAGAUUUUGCCCACCGGUGCUGCCGGUGUAGAUGGCCGUCUGCGUGUCGGCGAUCAGCUCGUGGCCUUCAACGGCAAAGACGUUCGUCUUUGCAACGAAAGAAUGUUGACCGCACUUGCUGACAAUCUUGAUGAGGUUGUCGAGCUUGUUGUCCAGGCCAAUGACAAGGCUUGGGAGGCUGCGACCAACCAGGCCAAACUGAGUGAUCAUCAAACGCUGGAUGUGCUGCCCUGUGCGUGGGUCAACGUCAACCUGGUUGCCGUGGUCAGUGGCUCCAUGGGCCUGUCCGUGCUGGGUGGAUCUGACACUCACUACGAACAAAUCAUCGUCGAGAGCGUUGAGGCAGAUGGCCCUGCUGCGCGAGCAGGUCUCCAGCCUGGUGACCUGAUUGCAGCGAUUGACGAUCACGGCCUCCUGCAUCGGCCUCACCGCGAAGCACUUGAACUUCUCAACAACGCUGCUCGAGGCGCACGGCUCACCAUUCUGCGUGCCUCUGACCAAGACUUGUUACGACUGAUGGAACGAUUGGAGAACAACUUUUUGGAGCCCUAUCAUCAGCUUGAAUUUCCCUUGGGUCCCACCAAUAACGCGGUGGCCAAGGGUCACGUUUUGGCGCGCCGGUGCCGCCUGGUUCCCAACCAGCCUUUAGGCCUGCGCUUGGGUGGCGGUGAAGGAUAUGCCUUUCCAUGCGCCUUUAUCCUUGACGUGGCCGCCAACUCCAAGCUCGCCUCACAUGUGCGCAAGGGGGACCGCAUCUUGGAAAUUGAUGGGCACAGUGUGCUCCAUGUCAGCCACGAGCGCGUCAAUCACCUCCUGAGGAACGCCCGUGGGACCCUGAACAUUGUUGUCCAACGUGUUGGGGUGCUGCAAAUGCGUACCCUCUUCAACGAGGCUACACAGCAAGAGGCCAGCACCUCGGUUACCAUGGCCGAAGGCACUCAGACCAGCAUGCGCCGUGGUCGACCGGAAAACGAUGCUCCAACUUCGGCAGCUCUUGAUAUCAUCACGUCAUCCUCGCAGCUUCCCCCAACGGAUGGCCCAUUGCUACAGAUCCCCUGCACCGCAGCCGAGCUCGGCCGCGUCAGCCUUGUGGGCGGGAUCGACACAGAUGCCGGAGCGUUGUUUGUCGCAGCUGCCGGUAGUGGCCUGCAGGCGCUCGAUCGUGUGCUGGCCGUGGACGAGCAUGGUUUGCUGGAUGGCACCCUAGCAGCAUGGAACACUGUGCUGCAGAAGUUGGACGUAUCCCAGCCACAACACGUCGUUUGUGUACAGCGCCCAAACCCGGCCUGCAGUGAGGCGCUUCGCCCACUGCUGAGGCGCAUCGAACCCUGUGCUAACCGACGCCUGCGCCGCGCUGAUCUACCACUACGCCAAGGAAAUCAAGAAAUCACAACCACAGGCGACCUGUACUGCGUGCAGCUCAAGGGGAACACAGAACAACUCGGACUCAACAUCAAAGGAGGACGGAACACGGCCUUUGGUGCAUUGUUUAUUGCGCAAGUCAGCCUCCUAUCCCCCCUGGAAGAGACCGUUCAAGUCGGCGAUCGAGUGCUGCAAGUCAAUGGACACUAUGUUGACUCCGCGCGCAACGACGACAUUCAGUCUCUUUUUGCGCAACGUAACCGCCUGGAACCGCCGUCUUUGGUCUUUCAACGCAUUGGCCCCGAACAGUAUGACACCAUUGUGCAACACGCCGAGGACCAGAAUGUUGCCAGGGGCGUGCAUGACGUUACCUUCCCCCGCGACGGCUCGUUUGUGGGCGUGACCCUGAUCGCAGACGAGCACACCCCUGAAAGGGGUGUGUACAUUGCCUCAGUGCACAACCCUGCAGCCAUCCGUGCUGGUCUGGAAGCAGGCCAGCACAUUCUGCAAAUCAAUGGCGAGGACGUCGCACACAACACGCAACAAGAUGUUAAAGCUCGCCUUGACCGCGCUGGUGACCCCAUCACAUUGACGGUUGUACAAGACCCAGAGGGCUAUGCAGCUGUCCAGGCAGAGCGUCCUCAUGCUGUCGGCGCUGUUACAAAAACCGCCUCGACUGCAUCUGCUCGCGGCGAUGACGUCCGCACUGUCCAUCUCUAUCGUGCGCCCAACCAAUCAUACGGCCUGCAACUUUUGGGAGAGGAUGAAGCCGGAUCGAUUUACAUUGCCGAGCUGUUGCCCGGUGGCGUUGCUGCGCAAAGCGGCCAACUUCAGCAAGGUGAUCGCCUGGUGGGUGUCAACGAUCAUGACACCCAUAUUUGCCCCCAAGAAAAAGCAUUGCAGUUUAUUCAAGAGUUGCCAACGCAGGUGGAGCUGCGUGUGCAACACGACACCCGGGGCUGGCAGGCGAAGCGUGUUAGCUUCCGACAGCAGUCCCGGCGGGACUCGCGGCCCUCUGCAACCGAGCAGGCCAGUGAGGGCAAGCAGUCAGGCUCAGUUCGCACAUAUCUCAUUCGCAAACAAGCAAAUGAGCCCUUUGGACUGCGCUUCUUGGCCGAUGAGGAAGUAUCGGGACCUGUUUACAUUGACACGGUUCUACCACGCGGCGCAAUCGUGCGCCAGAGCGAUUUGAAAUCUGGAGACCGUCUUUUACGCAUCAAUGGCGUGUCUGUGGAAGCUGCGACCCAGAGCAUGGCUUUGGAGUUAAUCAAAGCAAAUCAAGAACAAGUGGAACUGCAGGUGCAGUAUGAUGAGGCUGGCUACCGUGCGGCCAAGGAAAGCCUCGAAGACCUGAAGAAAGAGGCUCAAGCCCCGGCAUACUUGACCGAACACCGGAUCGUGCACCUCGAGCGCGUAGACGGCAGUUACGGCUUAAAGCUACUGGCGGACCAGACCAACCCAAGCGCAGUGCAUAUAGCCGCUGUACAAGCAGGGGGUGCUGCCGAUCGCUCCGGGCAAAUUGCGACCGGUGACGCCGUUGUCUCCAUCAACGGAGUGCCCACUGUCUCGGUGCGUGAACACGAGGCGCUGCAGCUUAUUGGACAACGCCCCAACUCUGUGGAUCUCGAGUUGUACUCUGUUCCAGGCGCGUGGCAGGAUGCCCGUCAUGCAUAUAAUCGCAAGCUGUCGCAGACUACCUCGACCGCCACAAAUCAUAGGGCGAGUGCGUCGGCCAGAGCGGAGGCACCCAGUGUGAUGUUGCCCGAGGCCGGUGAAUCCGUGGUCGACGGCGAGCAAGAGCAAACAUUUCGCGUGCAUCGCGAGGAUGGGCGAUUUCGCAUCUUCCUUACAGGCUCUCGCGACAUCCACGGCUGUGGCGUCUUCAUCAAUCAAAUCGGCAACCAACGAGCGCUGCGUGAGGGCCUACAUGAGGGCUUCCGCGUUACGAAGAUAGAUGGCGUGGACGUGUCGAAUGACACACAGGUUGAAAUGACCGAAAGGCUCCGCGCCAUUACCGACAAAUAUGUCCGGUUGUCAGGUUACUAUGACCUCGAGGGCUGGCAUGCCAUCCAAGCGCAAGCAGAGUCGCAAGGCCCGAGCGCCAACGCCAGCAAACCCUCCAGCAUCUCGGCCGCCCCGAUUGCGUUCGAACAGGCGCGGUCCACGCCGUCGCCAGCCGCCAUCAGCACCAAGCACGUUCGUCUCGAGCGCAAGCCCAACGAGUCAUAUGGCCUGGUGUUGGUGUCGGACGCCAAGGAGCCCGGUCCCGUCUACAUUGAUGACAUCGAACCCGGGGGCCUUGCUAGCAAGAGCGAGCAGCUACGCGAGGGUGACCGCGUGCUGCGCAUCAAUGGCCAAUCAGUAGAAUCUGCGCUGGAAUCUACAGCAAUCUCCUUGGUGCGACAGUUUCCGGACCAUGUGAGUCUGACCCUGCAGCCUACGGAUGGGGCUUGGCGCUCGGCCCGCCAGAGCAUGCAUGGUGACUCGGUGUUUGCUUCGCGUCGGACUUCUCGCGCUGACGGACCGAGCCCCAUGUCACCCCUGCCCACACACGAGGAGCGCGAAGAACUUUCAGAGCAGCCCAAUAGGCAAAACGACGGCGAUCGGACGAGCGAUGCAGCUGAUGCCGAUCGUGCCAUCGAACCCAUCGUGGUGCAGCCUGACUACAUCACAACCAACCGCAAGACAAUCAUGGUUCCACGCCAAGGCGGUCGUCUGGGCUUCAAGGUUUUGGGACAUAUGGGUACGCAAGGCCAGGGUGUGUACGUGAGCGAGGUCACGGCUGACUCGGCCAAGGAGGCGGGUUUGGAGCCAGGCAUGCGAAUCUAUGCCAUCAAUGAUCAACUGACAGAGAAUGCAUCCCAGACUGAGGUGCUGGCCAUCCUGCGGCGUGUUGUUGACUACGCACGCAUGACAGUAGCCUUUGAUCCCGAGGGCUACCAAGCAUAUGCGCAGCGUGAGGCCAGCAAUCUCUCAGUCCGCGAGGAGUCUUCACACCGUAGCACGCCCUUGGGAACACGCACCACCAACACGCCUCGAGGUAGCCAGAGCGGAGAUGCCAGCGCCGAAGCAGGGUUUGAUGUCAAGGUGCCACGCGUUGGUGGCAAGCUUGGCUUGGUCAUUGCCGGUCAAAGGGACGGCGUCUUCAUUUCCGAGGUGAAGACGGACGAGGCGCGGCAACGUGGCGUCGAACCUGGCAUGCAGAUUCUUGCCAUUUGCGGCGAGGAUUGUCGAAGGCUGACGCAUCCUGAGGUGCUGGCCAAAUUGCGUGCCACCACGGGUCCUGAGGUGCCCAUGCGCUUGAGCCGCUCUGCGGCAUACUAUCAGCUGAUUGCGUCCGCCGGUGAUCGCGAAAUUACCAUUGUCAACAAUGGUCGUGGGUUUGGCAUUGACCUUUUGAUGACUACCGAUGGAGAGGAAGCGGUGUAUGUGUCAGCUCUGACACAGGAUGGCGCGGCCAAGGCAACGGGGUUUGUUCAUGUGGGUGAUCGCGUCCUCACGGUCAACGGUCGUUCUGUGGCGUCGUGCACCAAUGAGGAUGUGCUUGCGCUGCUGGUGAUCAACCCCAACGCUGUGAAACUGACUUUACGUGCUGACAUUGAGAAUUACGAGCGCCUGAGCCGCCGCUUGGAGGGCCAACUGCAGCGCGUGAAUCUCGAUGCCAUGGAGGAAAAGGACUUUUUGGUGCAGGACGUGAGCAAGCUGGGCGUGGUCCGCACUGUGACUCUGCACAAGCAAAACAACCAACUUGGUUGCGGGCUUACACGCAAGGGUGAGCUCGACGGCUUUUUCUUUAACAAGGUGGCGGAGCGUCACGGCGACUUGGUGCAGCCGGGCGAUCGCAUUGUGGCCGUCGAUGGUCAGAACCUCUUGGAGCUUGACGUUGAGGCCAAGGAUGUGCUUGCGGCCGCAGGGAGUGCCGUGCGUGUUACAAUUCUCCGCGUCAACUUGAAGAAACGCUCCAAAAAGGGGCCGCAUAUGGCUGGGUUUGACCUGCGCUUGAUUGGUGAAGUGCUGCAUAUCGAUGUUCCACCGCACGCACUUGACAACCUUCGUCUUGUGUACAUCCCUCAUUCGAGCGAGGCGCAGCAUUUUGUGCAGCACGAGGAUCUGGGCAUUCACGAGGGUGACCGGCUUUUGGCCGUCAACGGCGAGCUUGUUUUGAACAACCAGCUGACCGAGAUUCUUCGGUUGUGCAGCACUUCCGAGAGCACUCGCUUGACCAUUUACCGACUCCAUCCAGACUUGCACCAGCAAGCCUUCUCCGUCGAUGCCGAGAAUACACGGCGGGGUGCCCGCUUCCGGUCUUUGCGCUCCAAGCAACGUCGCACCGAAUCAACCAUAUCCAAGUCGCGUCCUUUGGGCAGCUUGCGCCGGCAAGCUUCCCAAGCCCCAUCUCGGGGGAGCGGCGAGUAUGAGAACCGGCUUGUGAGCCCCGCCGCAUCGGACGUGGAAGGCGCGCGCAAGAAGACGGGCAACGUGCGUCGCGGCGUAACAAUUGAACGUGGACAACAGGGAUUCGGGUUUACCAUUCGCGCACCCUCGGGUUCCCCUGGUCACUUGAUCGUUGGAAGCGUAACAGCGGGGGGCCCAGCAGCAACGGAAGGCACCUUGCGCAGCGGCUCGCGCAUUUUUAGCAUUAACGGUCACGACACAACGACCGUCACUCGAGGUUGGUACCUAUACCAGAGGGGUAGUGGGUUUUAUAUUUGA